UUUCUCUGACCGAGACCGACCGGAAAGGCGCCCCUCUGCGCAAACGCGAAGGAAGAAGAGGAAGGAACUCGCCGCCUAGGGUUUCCGCCGUCUCUGCCGACGCCACCGCCGAUCAGGUGGGAGGGGGACCUCGCCGCGAUGCCACAGUCGGUGCUGGUGGAGCGCGCGACGAGCGAGUCGCUCAUCGGGCCUGAUUGGUCGCUCAACCUCGAGAUCUGCGACAUCCUCAACCACGACCCCUCGCAAGCCAAAGAUGUAGUGAAGACUAUCAAGAAACGGAUUGGACACAAGAACUCAAAGGUCCAGCUUCUUGCGUUAACGUUGCUGGAGACUUUGAUUAAAAAUUGUGGAGAUUUUGUUCACAUGCAAGUUGCUGAGAAGGAUAUACUUCAUGAAAUGGUGAAGAUAGCUAAGAAGAAGCCGGACUAUCAUGUUAAAGAGAAGAUACUAAUUCUGAUAGAUACUUGGCAAGAAGCUUUUGGUGGUGCCCGUGCAAGAUAUCCACAGUAUUAUGCAGCAUAUCAAGAGAUGCUGCGUGCUGGAGCUGUAUUUCCUCAAAGGCCAGAGAGUUCCGUGCCAAUUUAUACUCCUCCACAGACACAACCUCUAAGGAACUACCCACCUCCUGCUUUGCGCAACACUGAUUAUCGACAAGAUGCGCCCGAAUCAUCUUCAGCACCAGAAGUGCCUACGUUAAGCUUGACAGAAAUUCAGAAUGCACGUGGGGUCAUGGAUGUUCUUUCAGAGAUGUUGAAUGCUAUUGAUCCUAAUAACAGAGAGGGUCUAAGGCAGGAGGUAAUUGUGGACCUUGUGGACCAAUGCCGGUCAUACAAGCGAAGAGUGGUCCAACUCGUCAAUUCAACAUCUGACGAGGAUCUGUUGAGUCAGGGCCUUUCAUUGAAUGAUGAUUUGCAGCGUGUUUUAGCAAAACACGAUGCAAUUGCUGCUGGCAUAGCCGUUCGGGUAGAAAAGCCAAAAGCACUCCCAGCCCGUGCUGACAGUUCUCCAACAAAUCCAGAGGUGACAAAAGAGACAGAUCAAAGGCCUUCUAAAGAUUCCAGUAGCGUGACGCCAUUUGAGCAGUUAGCACUUCCUGCACCGCCAUCAUCAAGUGGUUCGAAAUCUCAUGUAGAACCAGCUGUUAAACCUAAUAUUGACCUACUUAGUGGAGAUGAUUUUUUCAAACCAGAACCUGUUCAUUCCCAAGCCAUUGUUCCUGUAAGCAAUCAGCCUGCAGCUUCAGCUUCUUCAAGCCACAGUACUUUAGACCUUUUAGACAUGUUUUCAGAUAGCAAUGCUAUCAAUAGCACCAGCCAGAACCCUUCCAUGCUGCCUAUGCCAAACACAAAUCCUAAUCCCUCCGCAGCACAAGCCUAUCUUGCUCCACAGCAACCUGUUCCACCACAGCAACCUGUUCCGCCGCAGCAUCCUGUUCCACCGCAGCAUCCUUCUCCAUAUUCUAAUGGCUUAAAUUCGAAUACAUUGGCACCCUAUGAUCAAGGCUCCAACUUAACCUCAGCAAGUUCAUGGAAUGGGCAGUUUGCUCAUGGAGCGAUACCACCACAACAGUCACCAAAUUACGGUCAAGAUGAACAAACCAGCGACCUUCCGCCACCACCCUGGGAAGCUCAGCCUGCAGAAAGCGAGCAAUUCCAUGCUAGCCAUCCUGGUGGUUUGUCAGUUCCACCACAAUUCGGAGUUAGCCAACCCCAGCCAGUUCAAAUUGCCCAGCCUGGGCAGCAGGUUUUACCUUCGCAACCAAUGCCAACAGGACAACCAGGAGGGCAGUUUCAGCCUGGACUAGGGGUUCAACAACAAUAUGUGACGCCAAAUACACCAUAUGGAGGAAUGUUUCCGCCGGUGCAGGGCAACCAACCAGGCAUGUACCCCCAGCAGAUGGCAGGAGACAUGUAUCAGCAGCAGAUGUAUGGUGGCCAGAUGGCCAGUUAUGGCUAUGGUCAGCAGCCUGGUGGCUACUAUGUUCCAAAUGCUGGAUACGCAUACACCAGUGCAAACGAGCUGCCUCAGAGGAUGAAUGGGCUCUCGAUGCAAGACAGCGGUCUGUAUGGCACAGGGUCUUCCCUCCAGCAGCGCAACAGGCCAAGCAGACCAGAAGAUUCACUCUUUAGUGAUCUUGUUAGCAUUGCCAAAACAAAGCCUAGCAAAACUGCAUCAAAUAAGCCUGGUGACUUGUAAAGACGAGUGAUUGCUUACUACCAGUUUCGGCCAUGGUGAUAGCUUUCGCUCAGAGUAUAUAAGUUAUUUUUCAAUUUUUUCCCUAUUGGAAAGUAGCAGGUGAGAGUUAUAGAUUCUGAGGAUUCAUAGCGAGUGUUCGGCAUAAUUUUAUUUUGUUUGAUUCUUGCAAGCAAUUAUGUUUUCUUUACUAGUAUUCUGAAGUUCUAUGUGUGUACAUAUAAAUAUCCAACCAAAGGAAGGGGAAAAAAAACACAUUCUUGUUACC